AUUUAUAUGUGUGUGAAACGGUGGUGAAGUUUCAGUUCGGUUUUGCUCAGUGCCGCUUUGUGCGAAGGUUCCAUUUAGCAUUGCGUUUAUUCGACGCAAAGCUUUCUCAUCGAACGGUCGUGUGUGUCUCCGCUUCGCUUCGGCUAGUUAGUUUUACCGCGAUUCGCAGCUGCGACAGUCAACGCGGUUGUCCAAGUGUUGAUCUCUAUAUAGAUUUUCGUCUCCGAUCGUGCCGCUCCGCAAAAAGCCCGAGGAGUACGUAUGCAAACAGACAGCCGUGUGUCAAAGCUGAGUGAGAGGCACAACCCCCGUAUACCCGCCCAACCCCAAUCCGUGAUCUUCACUGCCGCUCUGUGUUCUCUAGCAUUUACUUUCAGCUGUGGAACGGACUGCCGACCAUUUAUGUCUUAUAAAAGUUAAGAGCUGAGCUAGCAAGUAGAUCUAAUCACCCAUCCACACCCCAAACCAGCUCAGAUAACAAACACACACAGUCAUGGAGCGUCUAAAUUUGGCUGCACUGCUGGCGCUGUUGCUGUGCGUUUGUGCGUCAGCUUCGCCCGCCUUCUACUGCCCCGAGGACUGCAGCUGCGUCCUGUCGCAACACACACACAAGCCAAUGCUGCACGCCAAGUGCAACAGCACGAAAGGAUUGCAAUUAUCGGAGCAGCCACUGCACGCCUCCAUUCCGAUACAUUCCAUCGAUUUGUCGUAUUUGGGAUUGACGAGAUUGGAGCAUGCGCUUGACAUGCUGCCCAAUCUGACCUCUGUGAAUCUGUCGCACAACGACCUGCACGAGAUUGGGCACCUGAGCAAGCGCAUCAAGAAGCUCAACGUGAAGCAUAAUCGCUUGACGUCCGCCAAGCUGCUUAAACUGCCGCAGCACUUGCAGGUCCUCAAUCUGCAGCACAAUGACAUCACGUAUCUGCCGAUUGAGCUAACACAUCUGCAUCAUCUGCAGCAGCUGGAACUGGGACACAAUAACAUCAAUUGCUCAUGCGGUACACUGGAGGUGCGCAACUGGCUCCAGGAGCGUCAUGUUUACAUGGAAAAGCCGGUGAUUUGCACCCUUCCAGCGGAGGCGAAUGGCAAACCCUGGUUGCAACUGAAGCAGUCUGAGGUGUGCGAGAAGGAGAAGAGCGGCUUCUAUGCCAACGACAUGACUGAUGAGAACGAGCUGAUGAUGGGCGAUCAGCCCGUGGCAGAUUCUGGCGAACAGGACAACGAGGAGGAGGAGGAAUUGACCAACUCCUUUAUGGUAAUCGGCAAGAACAAGACACCAGAGCCAGCAUCGAACCCCAACAACGAUGUUGAGGGCUCCGGAGAUUUGACCGAACCGAAUAUGGAAGUCAAAGCAGCCGAUUCGAACUCUGCGGCAGAUGAGUCCAAGAUACCUGUGGACGAUGAGGAUGGCUCCGGCAGCGGGGAUGGCAUUCUUUAUAUACCACAGAUUGCAUCUGGUCCUGACAGCAGAGAUGACUUUGAUGAGUCGCCCGAUUCUGCUGAACAUGGCAAAGACAUCGACAACAAAUACGACAAUCAGCCGAUGGAGCCACCAUCAACGCCUUCAUCGGUCAUCUUCAAUAACAUUGGUAUCUUUGACACCGCUGAAAACGAUGGCGACGCAAUUAAGCCCGUCAAUGAGGAAAUCAUUGUGCCGGCGGUACACACUCUACUGGAUGCGGAUGCUCCCUCGGAUGUUGUCACCGAUGGCCCACUCGACUUAGACAAGACGUCCGAAGAUAUUUUGACUGCCAAAAUGGGCAAGAAGGACGAUAGCAAUGCCAUUUACUAUCUGUUGGGUGUCAUUGCUCUCAUCGUUGUGGGUCUGAUCCUCUUCGUGGCCAUUAAACGCUGCAAGUACAACAGCAAUGCGGCGGCCCGUGAUGCCGAGGCGCAGCGUCAGACGGAGCUGCUGGACAUGGACAAGAAGCAGCUGGGCAAGCCGCUGGCCCGCAACGGCCAAGAGCAUGCGCCGCUCAUUGGAGAGAAGGGCAAGGUGGAUGAUGCCCAGAUUAUCAAUGGCGCCGGGAAGAAGCCCUACGAUAGCAAGGACAACGCUGGGCAACAGCCACUACUUAAUGGCAACGGUGCAGCCAAUGGCGAUGGCAAGGAGGUGCCCAAAAUUGUUGAACCCCUUGCCGGUGAACCGGCACCACAUGAAUACUACCCAAUCACACCGAGAUAUCCGACACCGCAGUCACCGCGUGCAUCCAAAUAUGCACAGCAUCCACAGGGCGAUGCUGGCGAGCAGAACAACAACAACAAUAACAACAAUGAACCCGAUGGAGCCUAUUUGCCAUCAUCACCCAAGUCCGGUCGUUACUCGCCCGUCUAUUCUCCGGAAACGGGACGUGUUAAGAUCAAGCUGACGGAGACACCCAAGCCGAAGACACCGAUGCUUGUGACGCGCAGCAAAUCCAAUGCUGGCGAUAUCAUCACAACGCCCGUUCAGGGUGCCGGCAGUUAUCUGGAGCCAACGCAUCAGGUGAAUGGCAUUGCCGGCCACUGAGCUCCGGAUCCCAAGGCUGACUCCAAGUGCCAAGCUAGCAACAACAACAAAAACAACAACAACAGCAACAACACGAGCAUCAGCAUUAGAGCUUCUUUGAGCUGGGCUUAGAGUGUGGUGAUCGAUGAGUGGUAAUCGGUAAUCGAUAAGACGAUAAGACGAUAACGGUGCUUUUGAAUACGACAACAGCAAACAAACAGCAAGAACUAUUCGUUUUAAGCUCCCGCUCCCCUCUUAAACAUACAUAUACAUAUGCAUAUAUAUAUAUAUAUAGUUACAUAUAUACAUAUAUAUUGUAACCUUUGUAGUUUUAGCAUUAAGUAAAUUAAUUAUACUUAAGCAUAAAUCUAGUUUAAUACCAAAGUUAAAAAAUAUCUUAUAUGUAAAUUUGCAUCAGCGCGAAAUACAAGAAAAAUCAUUGAUGACACUUUACAACACUAUUUUUCUACUGGCAUCCGCAUGUGACACACACACACACACCAUUACUUACUAUACGAAUGCAUGCAUCUAAUGUAUACUUUUAUAUCCGUAAUGUAUGUUAUUUAAGCUCUAUUCUCUUGUGAAAUUAUAAUGUGUUACUCUGUUCGUGUGAAUGACUUUUCAAUUCAACGUAAGCCUAUCAAUAAAAACAAAAACGACAACAUUACAAAGCCCACUCGAUUCACUUUUGAAUUAAAACAAAAAGCCCUCGCUGUACUUGGGCACUUGCGUCAGUCAAGUUUCGCACUAAGGUGCGUGCAUUUGAUAAUAUGCUGAGUGUGGGAAUGGCUUAUGUCUCGGCUGUUCACCAUUUAAAUACACUGGCGGUCGAAAUAAUGAGAUAGCCAUCACAAGACAAUAGUUGAUAAUGUUUAAUUAAUAAUGAUUAAGUGUCUAGUACUUAAGCAAUUACUCAAGUUGUACAAGAGCACACAAAUCCAGUUACAAAUAAACAUACACUUCGUGUACCAAUACGUA